AUGCUAAGAUCAACACUGAGCUCAUGGCGAGAAUUUCUUACACCGGUGAGUCACAAGUCAACUUUCCAAAGUACGGGUCAAAUCACGCCUGAGGAGUUUGUACAAGCUGGAGAGUAUCUGUGUCAUAUGUUUCCGACGUGGAAGUGGAACGAGGUAACAAGGGCCGUGACUUACCGAGAUUUCUUGCCGCGAGAACACCAGUUUUUGGUGACACGAAAAGUGCCUUGUGGUCGGCGUGCGGAGCAGUUUACGAACGUGAGAGACGCGGAAGAUGGGGCUGAUGAGGAUGGGUGGGUUAUUGAGAAGGGGGAGACAAGUUCUGGUGGCUUUGAGACCACUGUGGGCCCGGCCGGUCCAAAGGGGCCCCCGAACGGAAAUAAAGCUGGUGCCCAGGAUAUAGAUGAGCUUUUGGAAAGCUUUGAAAUCGAAGAAGCAGAGGAAGACUCAGACGAUAUUGUGGCAGCGGCGCCACGCGCAGACCGUCGCUAUUACGACCUUUACAUCGCAUAUUCGACGUCUUACCGGGUGCCAAAAAUGUACUUGGUUGGGUUUCAGGGCGAUGGGGCGCCGUUGACGCCCGAACAAAUGUUUGAGGACAUCUCACCUGAUUACAGAACCAAGACCGCGACUAUCGAGAAACUGCCGUUUCUGACUAGCUCCGUGACUUCGGUGUCGAUUCACCCGUGCAAGCAUGCGAACGUGAUGCGAGUACUUAUGGGCAAAGUGCUACAGGUUAAGCAACGCGAGCGGGCCGCGCGCGCCGCAGAGGCUCAAGGCGUGGAAACUUCGGGCCUUGAGAAGACCCCGGGUCCAGAAGACGACUGGGAGGACGUGCAGGAGGACUUGGACAUUGGUCUAAGGGUCGACCAGUACCUCAUAGUCUUCCUGAAAUUCAUGGCUAGCGUAACGCCCGGAAUAGAGCAUGACUACACUAUGGAAGGUUGGUGA